AUGCUCAACUCGAACCUGACCAAGCCCCUGCGUGUGGGUCUCAUUGGCGCUGGUCGCAUCGGCAAAGUGCACGCGCAGAGUCUACAGCGCGCCGGAGCCGUCAUCGUCACUAUCGCUGACCCCGUGGGUGACGUGGCAGAGACUGUAGCUGCACAGUUCGGUAUCGCGCACUGGACCAAGAAUGCGUCCGACGUCUUCAUUGCCGACAUUGACGCCGUCGUCGUCUGCUCCCCAACUGCCCUGCACGCCGAGCAGAUUAUCGAGGCGGCGAAGCACAACAAGCAUAUCUUUUGCGAAAAGCCUGUAGACUUCAGCGUCGAUGUCGUCAAUAAGGCUAUCAAGGCGAUUUGCUCCAACUUUGCCCGCAUCAAGCAGGCCAUCGACCACGACGAGAUCGGCAAGGUAAACAUGCUACGCAUUACCAGCCGCGAUCCCGGGGCUCCGCCAAUUGAGUACGUCAAGGUGUCCGGCGGACUCUUCCGUGAUAUGACAAUCCACGAUUUCGACAUGGCUCGCUUCCUGGUGGGCGACGAGGUAGACGAGGUCUACGCAAUGGCACAAAGCAUCAACCCUGAUAUUGCAGCAGCGGGCGACAUCGACACGGCCGUGGUGCUGCUCAAGUUCCGCAACGGAGUGAUCUGCUACAUCGAGAACAGUCGUGAAGCAGCAUACGGCUACGACCAACGCGUGGAGGCGCUUGGAUCCAAGGGCUCCGUGGCGUGUGACAACAAGCAUUCGAAUCAGGUGGUGAUCUCAACGAAUGAGAGUGUGCGUCGCGACUUGCCACUGCAUUUCUUCCUGGAGCGCUACAUGGACGCUUAUGUUGCGGAGAUGGAGGCGUUCAUCCGUGUGUGCACGACGGGUGCACCUGUUCCUGUGGGCGGUGACGCUGGUCGUGAGGCUCUGUUGUUGGCUCUUGCUGCAAAUAAGUCUCUUGCUGAGAACCGCCCUGUGAAGGUCGACGAGCUGCGGUAG